UCUUAGUGGAUGGAGCCAGUGGAGUUGCAAGUUAAACCUUGCUUGCCUGAGUGCGUGAGAAUUCAGCAUGGAAUAUCUUUGCUGUUUCCUGGGAUUUCUACUUCUGGCUGCAAGGCUGCCACUUGAUGCUGCCAAACGCUUUCAUGAUGUGCUGAGCAGCGAAAGACCUGGUUACAUGCGGGAGCACAGUCAAAUACGUGGCUGGUCAUCAGAUGAAAAUGAGUGGAAUGAAAAACUCUAUCCAGUGUGGAAGAGGGGAGACUCAAGGUGGAAAAACUCUUGGAAAGGAGGCCGUGUGCAGGCACUUCUGACCAGUGAUUCACCAGCACUGGUGGGCUCAACUAUAACCUUCGCAGUGAACCUGGUAUUCCCCAGAUGCCAAAAGGAAGAUGACAAUGGCAACAUAGUCUACGAGAAGAACUGCAGAAAUGAUACUGGUCCAUCUCCUGACCCAUAUGUUUACAACUGGACUGCAUGGGCAGAGGACAGUGACUGCGGAAACAGCACCAGCCAAGGCCAUCACAACGUGUUCCCUGAUGGGAAGCCUUUCCCUCCCCGCCCCAGAUGGAAUUUCGUCUACGUGUUCCACACGCUAGGUCAGUAUUUCCAGAAAUUGGGACGCUGUUCAGUGACUGUCUCUAUAAACACAGCCAAUGUGACUCUUGGCCCUCAAAUCAUGGAAGUAACUGUCUUCAGAAGACAUGGACGGACAUACAUUCCCAUCGCAAAAGUGAAAGAUGUGUAUGUGGUAACAGAUCAGAUUCCUGUAUUUGUGACUAUGUCCCAGAAGAACAAUCGAAAUUCAUCUGACGAAACCUUCCUCAAGGACCUCCCCAUUACGUUCGAUGUCCUGAUUCAUGACCCCAGACACUUCCUCAAUGAGUCUGCCAUUUACUACAAGUGGAACUUCGGGGAUAAUACGGGUCUGUUUGUUUCCAACAAUCACACUUUGAAUCACACCUAUGUUCUCAACGGAACCUUCAGCCUCAACCUCACCGUGCAAGCGACAGUGCCCGGACCUUGUCCUUCGCCUUCACUCAGACCUCCAAAACCCACCCCUUCUUUGGCGACGAAUCCAAAAUCUUAUCAUUCAAACUCUCCAGUCCCUGCUGGUGACAGUCCCCUGGAGCUGAGGGGGAUUCCUGAUGACAGCUGCCAGGUUCACAGAUACGGCUACUUUAAAGCCACCAUCACAAUUGUAGAGGGAAUUCUGGAGGUUAACAUCAUCCAGGUGACGGGUGUCCUGAUGCCCGUGCCACAGCCUGACAACUCCCUGCUGGAUUUUGUCGUGACCUGCCAAGGGAGCUUCCCCACAGAGGUCUGCACCAUCAUCUCUGACCCCACAUGCCAGGUCACCCAGAAUAUAGUCUGCGACCCAGUAGAUGCGGACCUGGGCGACAUGUGCUUGCUGACGGUGAGGAGAGCCUUCAGUGGGUCGGGGAUGUACUGUAUGAACCUCACUCUGGGUGAUGAUGCAAGUCUGGCCCUCACGAGCACCCUCGUCUCUAUCCCCAGCAGAGACUCAGCCUCCCUUUUAAGAAUGGCAAGUGGUACCCUGGUCUCCGUUGGCUGCUUGGCCAUAUUUGUCACUGUGAUCACCCUUUUGAUGUACAAAAAACACAAGGGAUACAAAGCAAUAGGAAACAGCACUGGGAUCGUGGUCAGAGGCAAAGGCCUGAAUGUUUUCCUCAGUCGUUCAAAGACCACAUUCUUCCCUGGAAAUAAGGAAAAAGAUGCGCUGCUCAAGAACCAACCAGGAAUUCUUUAAAUCUUCAACCUUACUUCUGACCAACAGCUCACUCUUCGGCGCCAUUUAUGUCAGCUCUUUUAGCGUGAAUGACGACUAACUUUUUAAAAAGAUUAUUGUAAAAUAUAUAGUGUGGUUUAGGGAGGUCCAAUUUUUUUUGUAGGUUAAGUGACAUUUUAGAGACGUGGAGAGGAAUUAAACUACACGCAGCUUCAGCCAUGUUAUAUAACUGAUAAAACCAGUUAGCAGCGCUUUCUUUCAUGAUUUAUGUUUCCUUUGUAAUGUCUUAGGUGAUUAGUAGGAUAGAUACACUGUAUCCAGGUUAGCAGGAGAAGGUACUGUUCAUUAAAGUCUGACCUAGGUUAACUGGAAGAAGAGGCUGGACAUGUUCUAGCUUUCCAUAUAACCAUAUGCGUAAAACCAGUGUAUUCGUGAUCUGAAGGUCAUGUUCCAAGCUACUUGAAUCUUAUGUCAGUGAACAUGCUUGAGCUCCUAACAGAACACUAACAGGUAAGCCUUUAGUAGGCUGUGUGUGCUUGUUAUACUAAAAAAAAAAAAACAAAAGCCAAUCUAAUACAUAAGUACAAAUGUUUUCAUGACCACCUGCCCAGCCCAGAUGUGUAAAGGAACGAUACUCAUUCAUUUUUCCCAUGGACAUUUAUGUAGCACUUUCUGGUAUACCAAGCAUGUUGCUAGGUUCAUGGCCCUGUACUCAGAGUGUUAACAUUCUUGUGGGUAUAUCUGAAUUUCUGUACACUCUAGCGCACAUAGUUGAAAUUGUAUAUUAUGAUUCUCCAGAUAAGGAGGCCCCUGGUUUUCCUACUGGUUUCUCUAUUCAAAUGAUACAGAAAUUUAAUCAUGAAGGAUUUUACUUUCAUUUGUAACUGAAACUACUAUAUGCCAGUCGUGACAUUCUUUUUCUCCUCCCUGGAAAAUAAAGUAUGAAAAGAGACAAGA